GUGACCCACUGGACAGCCCGGGGCCCCCAAAGGCAUCUCUGGGAGUGUGUGGGGAGGGUCUCCUUUGGCUCUGGGCUGGGCGGCUGUGGUUUCCUUCUGGCGCCUCUGGUCUCUCCCACCCCACAGCCCCACCCCUGCACUAAUGGCUCAGGCUGAGGCCCCAGGGACUCCCCAGCCGUCCCCCCAGCCCCCUCACUACUGAAACCCAACCCCUGCGGCAGCAGCCCAGCAGAGCAGAGGACCGAGCAGCAGAGCCUGCAGCGCCAGCCUGCUGCUCCGGGACCCGGGGCCCAGACAGCCACCCCAGCUGGACCCACUCCUCCCCCAGCCCCCGGCCCCACCAUGAAACCCCCCUCGGAGCCGGAGGAGGCCCGGCCGGCCUCGGACAUCCGCGUGUUUGCCAGCAGCUGCACCCUGCAUGGCCUGGGCCACGUCUUCGGGCCCGGGGGCUCGACCCCCCGGCGGGCGCUGUGGGCAGCGGCCGUGCUGCUGUCCCUGGUCGCCUUCCUCUACCAGGUGGCUGGCCGCGUGCGCUACUACGGGGAGUUCCACCACCGGACGGCCCUGGACGAGCACGAGAGCCACCGGCUGACGUUCCCGGCCGUCACGCUGUGCAACCUCAACCCCCUGCGCCGCUCACGCCUCACGCCCAACGACCUGCACUGGGCCGGCCCCGCGCUGCUGGGGCUGCUGCCCGCAGAGCACCCUGCCUUCUUGCGUGCCCUGGGCCGGCCCCCCGCCCCGCCUGGCUUCAUGCCCAGCCCCACCUUCGACAUGGCACGUUUCUACGCCCGGGCUGGACACACGCUCGAGGACAUGCUGCUGGACUGCCGCUUCCGGGGGCGCCCCUGCGGCCCCGAGAACUUCACCACGAUCUUCACCCGCAUGGGCCAGUGCUAUACCUUUAACUCCGGCGCCAACGGGGCCGAGCUCCUCACCACGCCCCGCAGCGGCGCGGGCAACGGGCUGGAGGUGAUGCUGGACGUGCAGCAGGACGAGUACCUGCCGGUGUGGAGGGACGUGGAGGAGACCCCGUUCGAGGUGGGGAUCCGAGUGCAGAUCCACAGCCAGGAGGAGCCCCCCAUCAUCGACCAGCUGGGCUUCGGGGCGGCCCCGGGCUACCAGACGUUUGUGUCUUGCCAACAGCAGCAACUGAGUUACCUGCCACCACCCUGGGGUGACUGCACCUCCGUGCCUCUGGACCCCGACUUUGAGCAGGAGCCCCCUGACCCCCUGGACCCUCCCAGCCCCAGCCCGAGCCCCAGCCGUCCCUACACCCUCACGGGCUGCCGCCUGGCCUGUGAGAGUCGCUUCGUGGCUCGGAAAUGUGGCUGCCGGAUGAUGCACAUGCCAGGUGGCGCGCCUGUGUGCAGCCCGCAGCAGUACAAGGACUGUGCCAACCCCGCGCUAGACGCCAUGCUGCGCAAGGACGCGUGCAGCUGCCCCAACCCGUGCGCCACCACGCGCUACGCCAAGGAGCUCUCCAUGGUGCGCAUCCCCAGCCGCGCCGCCGCGCGCUACCUGGCGCGCAAGUUCAACCGCAGCGAGGCCUACAUCGCGGAGAACGUGCUGGUACUGGACAUCUUCUUCGAGGACCUCAAUUAUGAGACGGUGGAGCAGAUGAAGGACUACGAAGUGUCCGAACUCCUGGGUGACAUCGGGGGCCAGAUGGGGUUGUUCAUCGGGGCCAGCCUGCUCACCCUCCUGGAGAUCCUGGACUACCUGUGUGAGGUUUUCCGGGACAGGGUUCUGGGGUACUUCUGGAACCGGAAGCGUACCCACAGGCACUCCAGCACCGAUUUGCUUCAGGAAGGGCUGGGCCAUCCUCCCACCCAGGCUCCCCACCUCGGCCUGGGCCCCAGGCCAACCAUCCCGCCAAGUGCGGUCACCAGGUCUCUCUCUGCCUCCCACCGUACCUGCUACCUGGUCACCCGGCUGUAGAUCCUUCCUCAGCUUCUGACCUGUCAUCUUGACCCCAAAUAAAAGUCUAAAGCAUC